GAAAGAAUAUGAAUGCAAUUAAGAAAAUGUAUGCAAAUUMACCAAUAUCCGAUCGACGCUGUAAGAGUCUUUAGCACAAUAGAAGCUGAAAAGUUCCGCAAUACUUUCAGUUCAUGUUUUACAAAAUGGCGAUCAAACUCUUCCUUGCUGUCGCCGUUUUCUCUCUUGUGUGUGUUUURAGUUGUCUAAGCCAAUUCUGCAGAUACCAUAAUCAGUGUUCCAAAAAUCAAGUUUGCUGUAAAAUGAGAUGCACUGARGGCUCAAGUUGUGCYGGCAGUUUCUGUCUCAAGGGGKUCUUAGGCUGCUCGCCAUCAGAAUCUUGCUGCAAUAACAAGUGCACGGAGGGGAAGAAUUGUCUUGGCCGUGGCUGUUCUAUCGAUAAAGACUGCAGUCUUCWUGAAAGAUGUUGUGGUAAUGUGUGCGUGAAGGGAGAAAGUUGUCUUGGCCAUUCCUGCCACUAUGAUGGAGACUGUAGUCCUCACGAAAAAUGCUGCUUUGGUAAGUGCAGUAAUUCGAGCUGUGUAGGAAUUAGCUGCGGCUCUAUCCUCUGCUUGCCGUCAGAAUCUUGCUGCAAUGGCAAGUGCACGAAGGGAAAGAACUGUAUCGGCCAUCAGUGUUUUAGCAAUAGUGACUGCCUCCAGCCAAAUGAAGCAUGUUGUCUUGAUAAGUGUGUAAAGGGAUAUAACUGUCUCGGACAAAAGUGUCAGUUUGAUUGGGACUGCAAUGGUCAUGCAAAAAAGAUUUUCAAAUGUUGCUCAGGUAUAUGUUCUAAAUCAAGUCUGACGACAAGCUGUGUUAAUCAUUCCUGUCCCAAUUCUGACCACUGCUUGCCAUCAGAAUCAUGUUGUAACUACAUAUGCACGAAGGGUAAGGAUUGUACUGGUCAAAAGUGCACUCGCYACUGGAACUGCGGGAGAUUKGAAUCUUGUUGUAAUMAUKUGUGUAUAUCGGGUACGAGUUGUGUUGGCCAAAAGYGUGCUAAUGAUUCCGACUGUCACAAUAAUUUUCGUAGUGAAAAUCGAGAAAUAUGUUGCUCUGGUAAAUGCCGCUAUAGAACAAGUUGUCCUAAACAAUUCUGCGCUGACUCUGAUGACUGCUUGUCAACGGAAACAUGCUGUAAUGGAAAGUGUGUCGUGAGGGGAACGAAUUGUGUUGGCCGUCGAUGCGAUGCCGAUAAACACUGCAUUAAGUAUCUUGAAAAAUGCUGCAACAACCGGUGUGUAGAAGGAAUGAACUGUCUUGGCCAUCCAUGUGUUACUAACAAAGACUGCUCUUUGACUCAAGAUCAAGAAUACUUUGACCAUGAAAAAUGCUGUGUUGAUAGGCGAUGCCAUAAAUCAACCGAUUCCUGCUUGGAAAUGGGUUACAUAGCUCCAAUUGUGGGUGGUAGCGUGGGUUUUGUCGUAUUCUGCUCAUGUGUUGUAGUUGGUCUUCUCAUUCUUCGUCGAAGAAGAAAGAAACUUCUAUCGCAGCGAAGUGGCCAAGUUAUCAACCAGCAGCCAUAUCAACAGCUUGACAACGAGGAAUCGUCUACUGACAGUGAAACAAUCGCCGAAGGAACUUUCCCUUCUUCUGUUCCAGCUUCUAACAUUGAACUGGUUUCACAAGAGACAACCGCUUGACAAGAAUCAGCGGUCAACUGAGUCUUCCCGCCGACCGUUUGAAGAGCCAAAAUGAUGUUAAGUUUGAGCCCUGUAUAUUUGUAAACAGUUUUCUGUUUUAUUUUUAAACUUUAAAAAUUGAAUUGGAUUGAAUUGAAUUGGUAGCUGUUUAAUUGAGUGAAGAUUCAAAGGCACAGCAAAUAGAGUCCAUAAUGAACCUGUUGCAUUGCAUCUCUGUCAGUCGAUGCAUUUUAUAAUUUAAAAUUGUUUUUCUUAGUAAUUAUAUAGUAUUAUGCUAGUGUGAUCACUAGUACUAUUGUUUGCCACUGUAAACUUAACCUAAAAAGCCAAACAUCUUUGAAUAAAUUAGCGGUUCUUCGUA